CUUCAUGAAGUGUGCUUCAUAUUAUGACGUAUGUCGCGUUACGUGGUCGUUAGUCAGCUGUGAGCUAGCGACAGCGCGUGACGUAUACUUGUCGUCACGCGCUGUCCGCUUCACGUAAAAUGCCGUCUUGUGUGGUAAAGUUCUGUAGAAACAAUAGCACACAUCAAACGAAAUCCCUUGGGGUUACUUUCCACAGAUUCCCACCUGAGACGGAUUGGAAAGAGAAAUGGAUAAAAGCAUUACGAGACAAUAGGAAAGAGGAGGAAUGGACGCCAUCAAAGUUCAGCGUAGUUUGUUCUUUACACUUUAUAGAAAGUGAUACGUAUAUGACCAAAGGAGGUUAUCGGAAAAUUAAAAAAGAUGCUGCGCCUACAAAGAUGUUCCUCAGAAAUUCCGAGUGGUAUGAUAAACUAAAUAUACCAAUUAUACACGUAUGUGAACAAGAGACACAAGACGAACAAGACUUACAGAAAGCACAAGAGACACAGAAAACACAAGAGACACAGAAAGAAAAAGAAUCACAAAAAGAACCAGAGCCCCAAAAAGAUCCAGAGCCCCAAAAAGAUCCAGAACCACAAAAUGACCAAGAUUUAGAGUUGGAUUCAUUAAUGCCGGAUCUUGAUAUCGAAGAGAUUGAUCUUGACCUCAUAAGUGCGGAGUGGUGUGAAGAAAUGGAAGAAUUAGGUAUUACCACCGAAUCCUUAGCUGCUUUACUUGAUGAGUGUAUCAGUGAUAUUGAAAAUGAAUACGAAGAUAACGGUAACGAUAACGGUCCUAAGCAACCGGACGCCGUAGACGACCAAAAUGUAAUAAUAAACAAGGACGGCUCUGAUACUGUAGCCCGUAUACAGGAGACGUGUGAUUGUAGAAAGAGGCAAAAGAAAAUCCGUAAGAAACGGACUCUAGAGGAGCUAAAAGAGCGAUUUAAGGUGUCAUACAAAAUUCGCGUAAAGAAAAGUAAAUUACAACUCUUAAGGGAGAAACUGACAGCCUUAAGAAGAACAAUGAGACGCUGAAGAUUGAUUCAAAAGACUUAAAAGGAGGGAAGGGAUAGCAACUGAAUAUCUUUGUUAUUAUUUAUUACUUCUAUAAGCGAGAUUGUUCGCGUGGAAGUUAUUUUAUUAGUUAAUUUUUUUAGUAUAAUAAUAAUAAAUAAUCAAUUGUAAUUUAAUGUUUUUUCGACUAUGAUAAAUCAAUUCUCGAUGUAACUAUGUAACUUAAUGUCGUUUAGCUAAUAAAAAAAUAAAAGUUAAUUAAACAA